AUGCUCGGCUUUCCUUUAAAACUGAAGAGAUUACUAAAUGCAUUGAAAGAAUCUGAGGACACGACGACUGUACUGAAAAAGAGCUUGAGGAAAGUGCUCGUCAUUGGGUCUAUAACGCCCCCAGCCUUGGCCAAAGAGUUCGCCAACAUCUUUUCACUGAGCGACUUUCGCAGCUGCUACGGCAUGACGGAGGCCGGAGGAUUUUUGACAGUUCCACCUAGCGGAGAGGCUUCCGGCACGAGCCAGGGAUUUCCGAUUCCGGCAAUCAGGAUGAAGACGAGGAAAUUCUCUGCGUCGGAGGCCGAACAUUGCCUCAUGGAACACGAAGCGGUGGAAGACGUGUCCGUAACGGGAAUACCUGCUCCAGAUCUCCAGGACAUUCCGGCUGCUAUAGUCGUCACGAGAAACGGCUACACCCCGGAUCAGAAGCUCGCCGACGACUUGAAGCUUCACGUGGCUGCACUGGCCGAAGAAUUCGCAAACACCUUCCGAUUGAGCGAAUUUCGCAGCUGCUACGGCAUGACCGAAGCCGGGGGAUUUUUGGCAGUUCCACCUAGCCGAGAUGCGUCGUGCACGAACCAGGGAUUCCCCAUUCCGGCAGUCAGAAUGAAGGUAAUCGACACAGUCAGUGGCGUAGUACUCGGGCCCAUGCGACACGGAGAAGUUCUCUUCCAUACGCCGUACGCUGCGACUAAGUACUACGGAGAUGCUGAGACUUCGGAAAACAUUGUCGACAAAGACGGCUGGAUUCACACAGGCGAUCUCGGUUACUAUGACAAAGAUGGUAGGCUGUUCCUGUGCGGUCGACUGAAGACAUUGCUUAUGUGCGAGGCGAGGAAAUUCUCUGCGUCCGAGAUUGAACACUGCCUCAUGGAACACGAGGCGGUGGAAGAAGUGUCCGUACUUGGAAUACCGUCUCCAGAACUCCAGGACAUUCCGGCUGCUGUAGUCGUCACAAAAAAGGCUACACCUCAGAUCGGAAGCUCGCCGGCGACUUGA